AUGCCUCCGUUUGGACUGAGUCUGCCUCUUGUGCUCCGCAUCUUAGAGAUCAUCUUCUGCGCAGUGGCCCUGAUCGUCCCCAUGUUUCGAGGCCCCAUGUACAGCCCAUACGGGAUCUGGUGUGAAUUCGUGUGGGCAUUCGCACUCAUCAUGGCCGUGGUGAUCCUGGUGGUUGAGAAGUUUUUGCUUGCUAAACUGAUCGAGCUGUUUGUGCUGAAACACACAUGGGACGAUCUCUCCUGUGGACUGACCCUGCUGUGCUCCGUCAUGCUGCUGUCCGCGUGUCUCAUCUACUGCAUCGUUUUUGUUUGCGCCACAUGCAUUGUUGAUAUCAUCUGCGCCAUCUUUGCCAUCCUUGCGUUUAUUGCGUACACGGUCGAUGCUGUGAUGCUGAAACUCAAAUGUCCUGCUGGCUAUCUAUCCAACGUUCAAGGCAUCCUGCGCUUCAGCCAGGCGUUUGUGGCCUGUCUUAUUUUCACCGGAAUAUACAAUUACUUCAGAGGAGUCGAAAACCAAUUCCGGCCUCCAGGUCUGAUCUGGUGCAUCGUGGUGUACGUGGUGUGUUUUCCUCCAACAGUAGUGGUGAUGCCGUCUCACCUGCAGAAGUGUGUGGAUCUGCUGCGAUGCUGUGAUCUCAGUAAGCUGGAGCUGGUGUUGGACAUUAUAGCUGUGGUUCUGUAUGUAUCUGCAGCCAUUAUAUGGCCCGCCAUCGGAUAUAAACAACAUAAAAGAGACUCUAAAAACCAGGAUCAUCGCCUUCAUGACCUCAACAUGGUCACAAUACUGACUUAUGUGAACUUGGGAUUGUACAUCGCAGACCUUGUUUUGAUUUUGAUUGUCAUUUACAAAAACAGGUAG